AUGCCACAAUCCAUCUUCCGAGAGAGCGUUGUUUUGAUGCACGACAUUUGCAUUCCGUUCACCGUGAAGACAGCCGAGUUCUUCGAAGAAAAUAGCUACACCAGCCCGACAGGUCCUCUCAACACACCAGCCCAACAUGCAUUCAAUGCGCAAGGCAAGACACACAUCUGGGACAUAUUUGCACAACACGGGCAGACUCAGGGACUUGCCAGGCUGAUGGGAUACCUGGAUGCUCGACCGACCGGACUGGUCCGACGACGACUCGGGCUUCUCUCCGGUGGUCUGAGCGUCAAUACCUUCAUCAUCUCCAUCAUCUUCACCUUCAUCAUCUCCAUCACCUUCACCUUCAUCAUCUCCAUCACCUUCACCUUCACCGUCUCUUUCACCUUCGCCCUCACCGUCUCUUUCACCUUCGCCCUCACCGUCUCCUUCACCUUCACCAUUUCCACCUCAACCACCACAAUCUCCAUCUUCAUCACCAUCUCCAUCACCAUCACCACCGCGAGCACAACCACAAUCUCAACCUCACCACAACCUCAACCUCAACCACAACUACAAUCUCAAUAA